UACUAGCCCACCAGUCUCAGAGACGGAAUCAGUGACGGGCCAGAGCAUCCCCUGCCUCCACCAUGAAACUCGCUGUCAGCCUCACCCUGGUCACGCUGGCUCUCUGCUGCAGCUCCGCUUCCGCAGAGAUCUGCCCCACCUUUCUGCGCGUCAUUGAAUCCCUGUUCCUGGACACACCCUCCAGUUUUGAGGCUGCCAUGGGAAUUUUCAGCCCGGAUCAAGACACGAGUGAGGCAGUGGCUCAGCUGAAGAAGCUGGUGGACACCCUCCCUGCAAAGGCCAGAGACAGCAUCGUUAAGCUCAUGGAAAAAAUAGACAAAAGCUUACUGUGUCAUUAGGAUUUAGAAGCUGAAGAUCCCCAACUGCUCCAGCCCCUGCCGCUGCCGUGCUUUGAGUCCACACCCACCAGUCUUGCUCCCUUCAAUAAACCACAAGCAUCUCA